GCUUUGAUUGCUGGCUGAAUGGUGAAAAAUUGAAAAUAUUCGCUACCUAUUCGGAAAUGUAUCUUUUUAAUCGUUAAAUUAAGUGAUCAAACGAUAUUAAUAUAUAACUAUUUCAACAUUCAUAUUCAUAUAUGUGUCUUGUGAUGGUAAAUUCAGGCCGAAAAAUUGUAUAAUGAUAACAAUUCUUAGUGCAAACAAAUUUUUAAUAUUCUCAUUGUAAAAACAACGAAUUUAAGAGAAUUUAAUUAAAAAUGAAGAGAAUAGUGCAUUUGGAUUUGAAGGGUGCUCCAUUGAGAGUGGAAUAUCUGGAGAAGGUAAUGGUACUUAUGAGAACAUGGGGAGCUGACGGCAUACUCCUCGAAUGGGAAGACACAUUCCCAUACACAGGAAACUUAGCCGACAUUGGUAGUGUGACCAACAGUGGCGGAGACAACAUGUACAGCAUGGACGAAGUCAUGCAGAUACUGCAGAUGGCUAGGGAUUGUGAGAUGGAGGCUAUCCAACUAAUCCAAACAAUAGGGCACAUGGAGUUUGUGCUAAAACACCAAGCGUUCCGUGACCUCAGAGAGAAUGAGCGCUCACCGUCAGUUCUGUGCCCGACCAAGCCUCAAUCUCAAGCGUUAGUGAGGGAGAUCAUAGACCAAGUGUUGGAGGCGCAGCCGGAUGCUAAGUACCUGCAUAUUGGGGCUGAUGAGGUAUGGUACUGGGCACUCUGCCCCACGUGUCGGGAGAAAGCUGCGAGCCACAAGCAUGGCAACCCCUCACUAUACUUGGACCAUGUGAAGGAUCUAGUCUUGUACAUCAAAGAGAAGAGACCUGAUAUCAAGGUUCUAAUGUGGGACGAUAUGAUGAGGACCAUGAACCCAGAGAUGCUGAAAGAAUAUGAACUAGGAGAGCUAGUAGAGCCGGUGUUCUGGCACUACAACCCGAGUGACUCGUUUAACAUUAAGAAGGAACUGUGGGAUACUUAUGCCAGGCUGUUCCCGAAGCUGUGGGGCGGGUCUGCGUUUAAAGGAGCUAAUGGUAGCAGUCAGAUACUUUCCCCAGUGACCCGCUACAUCACGAACCAGGAGGCGUGGGCGACUCAGUUCAAGGAUUACGCCGACCGCAUUAAGUUCCAGGGCAUCAUACUCACUGGAUGGUCCAGAUACGACCACUACGCGACACUAUGCGAGCUGCUCCCGGUGUCGCUGCCGUGCCUCGCCAGCUGCCUGCGCAUCCUCUGCCUCGCGCACGGCCUGCCCGCCACUAAGAUCCUAAAUGAAGUCCUGCCUCCGGAAGAGUGGCCGGGCGAGGAGUUGGCGCGGUGUGUGCACACCUUUAUAUUCAUCCGGGAACGAUGUCUUUCGCUGCUAAACAGCGAUUUGAUCAACACUUGGUUGAAUCCGUGGCAGAUAUCACACAAGUACACGAUACCUGUGCAUGUGGAAGGCAUUGCGGUCGCUACACAACAAAUACUAACAGAACUUUCGGUACUAAAGGCCGAGCUAUCAGACCGUCUCAUACAAAUCACGGGCGAGCGAAGCCGAGAUGAAUGGCUUGAAACUCACGUAGAACCUCUUAUAGCUAAACUUACUAGAGUGUAUGAGGUUUCUCGAGAAAGAUCUGUUUCUGAUGCCAGUGUUAAACCAACUUAAUUAAGAGUACCUUUAUUUGGCGAGUUCAAACCAAACUGACUGUCAGCCGCCGAAUGUCAGCGUCUAUGCAUAUAGUCGGUGUGAUGUGAAUGGAAAAGUGAAUAAGUAUGGAAAUAAUAGUUAAUUGUUAUACAAGAGUGCAAAGUUGCAUUUUAUCCGCGAGCUCAAUUUAGAUGGCCGAGCAAGCGAAGGAUUCAAAAAUUAGAAUAUCGAGCGAUAGCGAUGGAAUCAAAAGAGCACAAGGUGAAAAUCUUUGCACUCGAGUGCAACACGUAACUUUUCAUCCCAACUCAUCGAGGAUAUUACUAAAUGCAAAAAAAGAAAAUGGCGUGCACAUAGGAGUAUCAAAUUAAAAAGAAGUACCUAUUUAAGUUUAAUUAGUUAAAAACACAGUUUAAAAAUAAAAUCAGGUUAAAAUCGAUCUAAAAACAAUAAUAAAAAAUACUUGAUUAGUUGAAUCAUUAUUUUAAACAGUAGUUUAUUUGUUUAAUAUGUAUUUGUUUGAAAAGUCUUAUCAAGAUUGUCACAAAUGGAGUAUUGCACACGGUGUUCUAAAUUCAAAUCACUUUGCCGCUCUAGAGGAUAAAAACGGCUUUUGCGCUCAGAUUAGAGAAAAAUAAAUUGUGUAUGUUUGCUCUUAUUCGGCGGCUCACAGUCAGUUUGGUUUGAACAUAGGCUUAAAAUCGAUGUGGAGUAGAGCCCUAAUUUUCUCUCGAAUUUUGAAUUUUAAUACCCUUGUGGUAAAUACCUAAACAUAUGUGAAUAUUACCGAAUUUUAUGGGAAGAUAUCAACAUGAAAGCAGCAAUAAAAGUUCUGAUUUACCAAAGACCUGAGCAACUAUUACGAAUGAAGAAAAAACAGAGCUUUGAAUUUGAGAUUUUAGGAUCUUUGUAGCUGACUUGACCUAAUACAUGUCGCUUUGUUAAUAUUAAAGCUAUAUACUACAAUAAGAUUUAAAGCUAUAUACUACCGACUUUCGUGGGCCAUUUUAUCUGUAUAUCUUUGAUAUAGUUAUUUAUGUAGAAAUAUUACAAAGCUCAAUUUCGAAUGAUGUAAUUUUUUCUAAUAUCACUAUAGUACCUACUACGGGUAUAUUAAUUAAUGAAACCUACGUGUUUACUUGUAAAUAUUUUCUAUGAAUAUAAGUGCAUUUUUUUAUUUAAUUAAGUCAUCUUUUGCUUUCGGUAAAGCAGGACUGAAGAAAAAUAUUAUAAGAGGAUGGAAAGGAAUUAGCUUGAGACUGAUUUUUGAAGGAAAAUGUACCUUAUUGUGAUGGUGUUUAGGUAAAAUAUUUAAUGUAAAGGAUAAUGUAUGUGAAGACUGAUUGUGAUUACCAAAGAGCGUAUCUUGCUGUAAAACAGUUGACUAUAUAGUUUAUAUAGUUCUCGCACUAUGGCGGUCGUCAACUAUAUUCCGAGAAAAAGUAUCCAAAAAUAGGAUUUUGCACAGAUCCCGACGAAAUGUACAGUCAACUUCAGGUCAGUGGUAACAGUUUUAUAGGUAAAUCGUGCUUAUUACUAUUGAGUUAAGGUG